AUAUUCCCCCAGUCAUACAGCGCUGUGUCCCGCGCUGAUGUCAACGCGCUUGGAAAAAGUGACUGUGACGCUUGUCUGCGGGAGGUGUGCCUUCUCUUCGAGGUUCAUAACAGUGUGUGACCUCCAACAUGGCGUCGGCAGACUCGACUACAGACGUUGAUGAAGACUCUACUGCCCCACCACAUGGUAAGGAGUAUGACGCCUUCAUUUGCUUCAACAUCGCUGAUAAGAAGUUUGUUGAUGAUUUACUGAAGCAUCUGGAGUCUCCUGAAAUCGGACUAAAAUGUGUGGACCACAGGAGGGACUUUCGCGGUGGCCAAACUAUAGUGGGAAAUGUUGAUGAAUUUAUUGAGAAGGCCUUGAAACACGUGCUCAUCAUGUCACCCAACUUUGUAGAGAGUGAAUGGUGCAAGUGGGAGACUGAGGUGAUGGUGACGAUGUCGGUGGAACAAAAGAGAGAUAGCAUUAUUCCUGUACUACUCACACCCUGCAAGAUCCCCCAUUCACUGAAUACACUGACCUACAUUGACGUCCGUCCUACAGAAGGUUCUCGGUACAGAUGGAGGGAGAGGCUCGUGAAUUCCAUCAAAAGAACAGAUUUGAAAGGCAGCAAACACAAGAACCGUGACAUGGAAGGGGUUGUACAAAGGGCAGGAGACAAGAAAGACGUCUUCAAGACAUGUGUCCAAAAGUAUAAGCAAGAUAAAGGAAAAUUUGAGCUAGAGAAAAGGGCCCUUGAAAGCAGUGUCCGGAUUGCAUUUGAUGCUGUCUCUAAACAGAUAUCAGCUACAUUAGAACGUCAGAAAGAGGAGAAGAUGGAUGAGAUUCAGAGACUAAUGGAUACACGUCAGACGCCUCUCGUCCAAAAGAUGAAGGCUGCAGAAGACAUAUUGAAGUUGAUGGAGAAAGAUUUAAAAGAUGACGUUCACGGUAUCAAAAAACUUGCGGAUCUUCUGGAUGAGUAUGAGAAUCACGAACAGAAACUAAAACAACGGUCCUUCCUCGAGUUUGUGAAGUCUGACAGCCUGGUGCAGAUUUUGACAGACCAGAUGUCUAAGUUUGACGUGGGACAUCUGAGAGGGAUGGACAUCCCACAGCUCAGAUCACAGCAGGACAGGGACAACUUUCUCAAAGAAAUACGCCCUUCCUUGGACAUACUGCCUGAAACAACAGAUCCCACUCCAUGGAAUGUCAUUCGAUGCCGUGACAUCAAGUAUGAUGAGAAGACGGUGCAUGGACGUCGCAGUAUCCUGCCUGACGGAAGCCUGUUAAACCGCGAACCGCCGGAACCUCUCGCCAACCCCGACGGGAGACUCAAGAAUUUUUUGGGAGCUGUAGGAACGACGACAUUGACGGCAGGUGUUGUAUACUACUGGGAGAAUAAACUGGACGUCGAUCUGGAGAAGGAAUUGAGCAAAAGGAACUUUGUGUUUACCGUUGCUCUGUCCACAAAUGGCGUGUUUGAUGAAAGUCAGGUUGGAGAUCAACUUCCUACAGCCAUGAGUAUAGCUGCACGUGCAUGUGCAGACCAUGAGGCAGUGUGUCUGUAUGUAACUAAGUACACAUCUAUGGUAUAUCACAAAGUCCUCACAAAGAACCGAUGUGGGAAGUGGCCGGCCAUUGCACUAGGUUUCCUCCUUGACACCGUCAGACAGAGGCUGACCGUUUAUGACGUCACAAAGAAUGAGGAGAUAACCAGUGUGGAAGAGAUCGGGGACGUGGAAGAGUUCACUCCUCAGUUCGCUGUGUAUGGUGGCCAUGUUGGAUCAGUGAAACUGUCAUUGAUCACUGGCGAGGAUACGAAAAUAUCCCCUGAGAUAUUGCAGAACAUUAGGAAAAGUAUUGAGUAAAAAGAUUAACGUUUUGAAAUUUUAUUGAAAUUGUCUGAACGAAUUGUAUCAGUUAUGCCUCUGUUUGAAAAAAAACAUUUGAAGAAUAGGUGUUGUAAAAAUUUACAAUUGUAGACGUGCUUUGAUUACAAUGAAAACAAUUCAAUGCUGAUACACAAAAAAUAAAUAUGACAUAGAUGCCAGUGGUAAAUUGGAUAAUUCCUCCCUCGGACAGAACCUGGGCGAAAUAUAAACUUGAAGUUGCUGUUGUUUUUCUGUAUAUGAAUUAUUGUUUACCCAUAUAUUGUGACGCUGUGCUAAUUAGCGUCAUUUAUCUUCCAUUUUUCGAAGUCAAUAGUAUAUGUAUUUGUACAGUUUGAAAGAGAAACAAUUCAAUGUAUAUGAAUUAUUGUUUACCCAUAUAUUGUGACGCUGUGCUAAUUAGCGUCAUUUCUCUUCCAAUUUUCUAAGUCAAUAUUAUAUGUAUUUGUACAGUUUGAAAGAGAAUUGUAUUCUCUACCUUCAUAUGUAUUUGCUUUUAUUGUCACUUUUCAACUUUUUGUGUAAUUCAUGAUUUUGUGUCACUGAACACAUAUUUUGCCCAUGUGUAUUCGCUGUUUAUUGUCCCUACCAAUUUCAUUUGAAUAUUUAUUGUUGUAUAUUUUAUAUCAGUGUAUAGAACUUUUUAUGACCUAUACGCUCAUAGUACAUAUGUGUAUAUACGCAUAAUAUAAUUUUAGUUAUAUUACAAGAGACCGUGUUCUAGAAACACACUCUCAUUAACAAGACAGGGUUGUUUAGCUUUAGCCAACGUGAAUAGGCUUAUCUCCCACUGGUUAAUUAAUUAAUUAAGUGGCCAUAUCAGUGAUGGUCAAUUAGGGGCUCUUUCCUUUAAAGGCCGACUCAAAUCUUAAAUAAAUCAGUAGCGUCUCGGCGGACUAAGGUUACGCUGCUGGCUGUUCACUGCUGUCUUACUGCUGGACCGACCGAGGACUCUUUGACGGGAUUUGAUGAGAUCCCUCGAACUUUCUCUGAACUGUAAAUGUUUGGAUAACUUUGUCAUACCCACAUUUGCUUAUCUUACCCCUUAUUAUACCCUUUUUGUAAGUUCGUAGACUAUUCUGCUUGCUCUUACAUUUUAUUAUAGGGUUAUUUGUACUUGUAGGUUCAUAGAACUAGCUAUUUGUAUCUUACAGUACUUUGGGAAGAUAUUUUUGGGUAAAAUCCUUAUUUAUGCUUAAAGCGUUGUAGUUCUUUUAAAUCCACCUAUUAUCCCUUAGAGGUAAUUAUCCCCUGUCCUUUUGAAUUCCCCGCUAAUUGGUCCAAUUGAGAGCUUAUGUUAAUUGGUCACAGCUCAUUGUCACAAGGUGUGAAUUCCUGUCAACAACAACAACAACAACAAACGUUUAUUUCGCUUCAAGGUCAUAGCUAUGACAUAUUGAAGGUACAAAUGGAGAUUUAUGGUGACACGAGGCAGGAGACGGACGUGCGUCAACUAUACGUUUAACUGCAACAGACUCAUAAAUUUAAUUAAACAUCUUGAGGAUUUCUUUUACAAACUGUGCUAGUUUUCUUUGUUCUAAUACACUUUCAGUAUUUAGUAGCAUAUCAAGUGUAAUCGU